UACAUUUCCCAGAAGGCAACCUAACUCGCCCUUGCAAAGCUUGCUUUGCUUACCUUCAGUAGUGUCAAAGCAGAUACCAAACAGCAUGGAAGGAUGUCAGCCUGAUCAAGUCACAGUUGAAGCAAGGAUAGGAUCGGACGAAGGAGCGACACAACAGCGAGAUCCACAGGUGCCAUCAUAUUCCUGUGGAAAUUGACUGGCGCAACCGGGACUGAUGUCCGCGUGUCACCCCGAGUGUCAGUGUGCAUGAGUGGCGGGACAGGGGCAUGGGGAAUGGGGUCCAGGAACGGCAGGCGGCACUGAGACAGAGUGAAGUGCUGCCCCUCCCCUCCUCCAGCAGCAGCCAAUCAGGGGGUCUCUCUAAACAGGGUCGCACCGUGAUCAACUCCCUGCUGUCGGGAGCCCUUGCUGGUGCUGUGGCCAAAACAGCUGUGGCCCCUUUGGACAGAACCAAGAUCAUCUUCCAAGUGUCUUCAGCGAGGUUUUCUGCUAAGGAGGCCUACUUGCUGAUAUACCGAACCUAUCUGAAGGAUGGCUUCCUUAGUCUGUGGCGGGGUAACUCUGCUACCAUGGUCCGUGUUAUUCCUUAUGCUGCCAUCCAGUUCUGUGCUCACGAGCAAUACAAGAGGUUGCUGGGUGGUUACUACCAAUGCCAGGGCAAGACGUUGCCCCCUGUGCCGCGGCUGCUGGCCGGCUCUCUAGCAGGCACCACCGCUGUGUCAAUCACAUACCCGCUGGACAUGGUACGGGCCAGGAUGGCCGUCACGCCCAAAGAGAUGUAUAGUAACAUCAUGCACGUUUUCGUGCGUAUCUCUCGUGAGGAGGGUCUGAAGACUCUCUACCGUGGAUUCUCCCCCACCAUAUUGGGGGUGGUUCCCUAUGCAGGCCUCAGCUUCUUCACCUACGAGACCCUUAAAAAGCUCCAUGGAGAACAAACAGGUCGUCCUCAGCCGUACUCGUACGAGCGACUGGCGUUUGGGGCGUGUGCAGGACUCAUCGGUCAGUCUGCCUCCUACCCGCUGGACGUGGUGCGGAGGCGCAUGCAGACGGCAGGAGUGACUGGCCAUACGUACGGCACCAUUACGGGAACCAUGCGCGAGAUCGUGUCGGAAGAGGGCUUUGUGCGUGGCCUCUACAAGGGCCUCAGCAUGAACUGGGUGAAAGGCCCAAUAGCUGUGGGCAUAAGCUUCACCACGUUUGACCUCACGCAGAUCCUCCUGCGGAAGUUGGGCUACGCACCACGGUAAAGAGAAAGAAAAAAAAAAGACAAGAUGGACAGAAAGACCACAGGAGUUUAAAGUGGAGAACACGUGAGAGAACCAGCGGCUCAGGGACAUUGAGAGCUGUUUUUAGGCACCAGAGCAGUGCAAGAGUCAAUGCAGGCAACAGCUGCUAGACUGCCAGCAGCCCCCCCACACAUACUCUUGACUGUACCGGAGGCUGUCAACACUCAGUGUGGAUUAUUGACAAGUUGGUGUGUACCCGGUUGCUUGGGUUGUAAGGAAGGGCAAACUAUAGCUAGUGUGUUAUAUCCUUGAUUUUGUCUGCAGUCAGAUAUGGUUGAGUGGAAUGUAAAUGUGUGAUGUUUGUUUAUGAGGGUUAAGACUAGGCUGAACCUGAACGCAAGUCUAAUUGCACAAUGGCUCAUAUUGGCCAUGUGAGAAGCUGUCUACCAAGUACAGUAUGGUACGUAUGCCCACGCUAUCUCAGAGCUCCCAUCCAACAUUCAGCACCUUAUAGCUCUAUUGGACUCUAAUUUCCUCUAACUCUCUUCCUCACCAAUAUUUCUUGUUCCACACGUAGAUGCUACACUGGUAAAUUAAGUCUUGGUAACAUAUUUUAUCUACAGUAUGUUGGUCUAUUGUCAUUUGCCGCACUUAUACUUCUGUGCUUGUCUUAUUUUGCCUUAAGGUGUUGUUAAUUGUGGAUGGGCCCUCUGGUAUGAGCUGGUUCAGGCUGACACAUGCACACGCACACGCAGUGUCCAUACAAACACACACAUGCGCUCAUAUGAAUACAAUGGCACACAUGUGCACAUGCAAGCUAUUUGCACACGCAUACAAACACACCAGUUCUUUUUUUGGUGUGUUGACAGUAGCUUGAGUUCCUGUAAAAGUGGUGGUGGAGAUUGAAGAAGAGGCAGUUCUUUGUUUGGUUUUGUAAUUUUUAGAUAUAGUUUCAUCAAAAUAAUUACCAAAGGGAAAGAUGGCAAACUGCCACAGGAUGUUUCCAUAUAAUAAGCACAGAGACAUAAUCACCUAGUGAAGUUUUAAUGUUUGACGCAUCCUUACUAUUGUUUCAGUUCAGACUGUGUUUAGAUCACAACUCUUGAUUGCAAAUGAUUUCUAACAACAGGUGUUGGGUCACUUAAGGAAGUAUAUUUGUGUGUGUGCGUGUGCGUGCGUGUGUGUGCGUGUGUGUGCGUGUUCAUAGGACUACAUAGCUCCUGACAACUGCAGAUAAACACACUCUGUACAAAAACACUGCCACACAUUUGGUCUGUGAAUGUGUACCUGUCCUUAAGUAUGUUUUCUUGCCUCAUUGUAAUACCAUUUCCUUGUGUAGAUGUGGAUUCAAAUGAGCCAUCACACUAAAUCUUUUCAGAUUGUAACACUUGUCAGCACACUAACAACAACCACACCUACUGUAUGCUAGGUCCUUGACUUGGCUCGACUUGGGUGUGUUGCAGUAGCGCUCUUUUUGACUGACAUCUUGUCCAGCUGUUUGCUGGAUUGCCUUCUAAGUGCCUAGAAUAGCAGUAGUAGUGCAUACUUACUGUUCACUAAAUGCAAAAGUUUAAAGUGUGCUGUGGUACACUUGAGGUUCUUCUGUGGAUGUCAUCUUUUUUGGAGAUUAUAUAUAUUUUUUUCUUUGGGCAAUAAAUGAUUGUGUGGAAGAGAGGAGGCUUGGCAAAGGAUGGAGUGGAGGGUAGAUGCCGUGUCAAACUGGAAGUAGCUGUUAAUCUCUGCCUGCCUUUAUGUCUGCCCCCCCUGGCUGAUGUACUAAUCAGGCAAACACUUUCCAAAGCAUACACGUGUGAUAUUGAGUUCCUAAAUCUGUAGGUUAUGAGGGCAAAUCGUUUCCUAUACUUGAUUUUGAGUUUAAAUUUGGCACUAGACAAAAUGACUGAUUAAGGAUCGACAGCUGUUCUCCUUGCUUCCAUUUAGCCUUGGCAUUACUAAUGCAGAGAAAACAAUUCAGGUUGUCACUGCAGGGUUUUUGCCUUUGUCUCCUGUAUGUGGUGGUACAAAGUUGACUGACUGGUAGAUUUAAGAUCAUUUCCCCGACAAUGUUUUUUUUGCGUGAUUGCACAUAUCCAAAAAAAAUCUCCCGAAAAACUGAGACCUGGACCUCACAAUUGAUAAACGUUGGAUUCAGCUGUGCCGCACCUACAUGUCAACCCUGGAGUAGUCAUAUUGUUUGUGUUUUCACUGUUUGAUAAAUGCUUUGCAUUACAAACACAAAUUUUGCUACAGCAUUGUGGUUGUAAGUGCCAUGUAACCAGGUGUUGUAAUUUCAAAGUGAUACAAUUUUAUACAUACUGCAUUAACUGACUAUACUACUUAAGUGUAGCUGAAGCGAUAUUAUAACCUUUUAAUGUAGUGUGCAUAUUGUGAAGAUGUGUAAUUACAAUGCUGCCUACAUUGUAUUUACUGAUGAUAUAUUACCGGCGUUUAAUCAUCAAUGUUGAGUCCUGUUGAUUCCGCCUCUCAGAUCAAAGCAGAAUAAAGUCCAAUUGCCUCAGACUAAAACAUAGUGAGACUAAUUGGGUAUAUCCUCGGCUGCAGCGGCCACCGGUAGUGAUGUCCUGCAUUGAAAGCAACAGUAUUAAAACGGAAUUGACAAUCAAGCUUUGCCAAAGCAAAUUUUGCUGUUUUACUCCAUAUGGUACCCUUAUUGUUUUAGGGAAAAAAGUAAAGAUAAAUAGGCCUAUUUCCAGAAAUAUAACUCAUUUAAUACAAAAAGUGGAUGUUCUAAUCAGGAGAACGCAAUGACUCACCAGAAAAUGAAUAAUCAAAAUAAUGCUUCAUUAUGGAACAACUGUAUUACCAGUUCAGUGGUAUCUUUUGUGCAUGACUUCUGACAAUAACACAUUUUUUGCUCUUGACAGAUUGUUUUCAUAGCAGCAUUUAUCAGAGUUGAUCUCCAUCUUGCUUUGAUGUAAAGCCCAAAGCUGUUUUGUAAAUUUUACAGUUUUUGUGCCAAGAGAAUGUAUAUUAAAAUGAUUAAUAUUAAAAUGUAUUUGUUUAGUGACUUUAAUAAAGUUGGUGUUUAAUUUAAAA